CCGAUUCAGAAGUGUGUAAAAUUUGUCCUAUUUGCGACUACCAUAAUUCCAUUCCCCCUUCCCAUUUUAUUUCAGGUUGCCGUGAGCGUUGUUGAGGAGUUUGCAUUAGACGGGGUUGUUUAUUUGGAGUUGCGCACAACUUUACGACCGGUGCCCACCUGUCGUGACUAUUUACAUACGGUCAUCCAAAGUUUGACCAGUGCACCCAGUGUAUUAAACGAACUCAUUGUUGUUCGAUUGUUGGUAUCAAUCGAUCGGGCCCGUGGUGUGGAGGAGGCACAGAAAGCUGUAGCACUUGCUAUUGAAGCCGCUCACUCAAACCCUGAUUUGGUGGUUGGUGUGGACCUGAGUGGAAAUCCAAAUGUUGGCUCAUUGCUAGAUUACGUACCUAUGCUGAACGAGGCUCGGGCUCAUGGUCUGAAGACAACAGUGCACCUGGCCGAGGUACCAGAUCAAUCAAGUGAAUGGCUUGCUUUUCUGCGCUCGCACGUGCCCGAUCGGCUGGGCCAUGUAACAUUUUUAACUCAGAGAGAUACAACUAACGCAGGCACCGACACAGACGCCGCUCGAAAAAUAGUACUGGCUGCCAAAACUCCUCUUGGUAGGUAUGUGCUGCCAUUUUUUGAAGUGCAUGUUUUUGUACUCAAGACUUAUUUUAGCGCGUGA